AAUGUAUUCGUUAUUUUAGAUACAAUUGUAACUUAGUGUCGUUAUAUACUGAUUAGCUGUCGCUGUAUUUUAAAACAUUCUACAUAAACUGCGGGAUGCAAACCAAUACCUUAUCAUCAGCACCAUGACGCCUGUACAAGCACGUGACAAGAAAACAAAACUCCCUGGAAAGAAACACCGCGAGACAGAACGAGAACUUCUGCACAGCAACAAAUAGAAAUCAACCCCAAGCUUUAGCGUAUAGGGGGUCACCCUGGCAACAUGGAUGUGUCCAAUCACAGUCUGGCCCUUUUGCAGCAGCUGAACAUUCAGCGAGAGUUUGGCUUCCUGUGUGACUGCACAGUAGCGAUAGGCAACGUUUACUUCAAGGCACACCGCGCUGUGCUCGCUGCUUUCUCCAACUACUUUAAGAUGAUAUUUAUUCAUCAGACUAGCGAAUGCAUUAAAAUACAACCCACCGAUAUCCAGCCAGAUGUAUUCAGUUACCUGCUCCACAUCAUGUACACUGGAAUGGGCCCGAAGCAGCAAGUCGACCAGAGCCGCUUACAGGAGGGGAUUCAAUUCCUUCAUGCCUUUCAGCUUUACCGUAACAUAAGCACAGCAAACCAGGAGGCUGCUUUGGAUGCAGUAAAAAUGUCAAACCUCUACGGGAUCCAGAUAUCGGCGCAGAUGACAGCCAAAGAAACCCGGGGGCUGAAGGAUAGUCAGUCGAGAGGUGUGUUGGUAAAGAGACCUAGCGCUCCAGGUGAUCACUCACAGAUCCAGCUGCCCCUUGCUGUUGGGCUGGAGGGAGCCUCUUCCGACCUGCAGCUGCCUAACAUCCAUGGCCCUGCUUCUGAAACCUCCAGAGUGGAGACGGAAGUCUCAAACAUCUCUGUGACAAUAAAGCAGGAAAAGGUGGAAACCAAGUUGGCCAAUGAGCCCCAAACCAGUUCUUCCCAUAGCCAAGAAAAUCAAAGCCCCAGUGUCUUUAAAGGCAGCAUAAAAUUGUUGUUUUGCCACCAUUGCGGAGAGCGAUGCAGUUCCCGUAGCAGCCUGUGGGAACACCUCCACACGCACGUGACCGGCUCACUUCCUUUGGAAGUGCCGGGAGCCAUUUUUGAAAAUAACAACCUGGGGGUGGUGCAGAAAAUCAGCGAAGACUUUGACAGUCUGGAAGAUCGUCCACUCCAGAGUUACCUCGCCAUCAAGAACCCUCUUCUGCUUGAGCAGGCAGAUGCCAGCAGCAUAGAGGAGGCAAUGCGCCACAGUCAGUCCCUGGCAUUAUCUUAAGAUUAACUGGCAGCAGAACUAAAAAACAGCAGUCCAUACUCCCGUAAACGAAAAAUUGCUUGUGCGAUCUGCAGCCUUAGGUUUGCACAAAAGAGCCAAUUGCAAGAACACAUGUACACCCAUACCGGUAAACAUUCCCACUGUCACAGGUACAACAAAUUUUGUAGUCAGCUGAUUCAAGCAUUGCAUCAGUACUGUGAAAACCAGGCUGAAUGUACAGUAGAAGAAACUAAUAGGGUCACUCAAGACAACCUCAGUUCUUGGUAUUCUUUAGACUCUGAGAUUUCUCAAAAAAAGUAUUGAGACUGUUCUUGUAGAUUAAACCCAUUCCUGGGACCUUUUCUUAGGUGGCAUAUGUUGAUUAAUCUUUUGCUAAUGCAUCUUUUCUUUUUUUGCUUCCCGUUGUGUGUCUGUAAUGAAGCUCUUCCGUUUGGUGUUCUGUUGUUUUCAGUGUCUGUGAAGCUGUUUGUUUAUUAAUAGACUCUUCUGAAUUGAAAAGGAAAAUAUUGGUGUAACAAAAUUAGAAAUGACAAGAGUCUCUUAACUUUCUUAAGCUUUAUCACAGCUACAUGUUACAUUUCCCCUCCAAGGUCACAUACUGUAAUGCAAUAUCCACCAUGAAAUGAAUUAAAUGAUUAGAGAAUUGCAUGUAAUCUGCUUUCCUCUUA